AUGAACUUAAUUGCUAACCAAACUUCUAUUUUUUUUCAGAUUCUUCCAAAACUCAGUUCCGAUAAACCCCCUGAUGAUGGAGCUUACAUUAAUGGCCUCUUCCUUGAUGGCUGUCGGUGGGAUUAUGAUAUCAUGAAACUCGGUGACCAGAAACCCAAGGUUCUGAAUGAGCCCAUGCCGGCAAUCUGGCUGCAGCCAAUAGAGAAGGCCAAGAGCAAAGUCCUCCAGGGCACAGGCAAUCUCUACAUGUGUCCGGUGUAUAAGACCAGUGAGCGACGUGGUACCCUCUCCACUACUGGUCACUCAACCAACUUUGUCCUGCCUAUCUACCUCCCGUCGCAGCAACCGGUCACCUUUUGGACAAAACGAGGUGCUGCGCUACUCUGCCAACUGGACAAUUAG